AUGAUUGAAAACCUGUCCAAGAAGCGUAUGGUUUUUGGCAUCAGUUGUCUAAUAUUACUAACCAUAGUUGUAUUAAUCAUCGAAUCCAAAUGGAUGAAAGCAGGUUCUCGUCGACAGGAGUUUGUAAUCGAGAAUAAUUCCACCUGUUGGAUGCGCGAGACGUAUGAAGUGAUCAAAGAUUGCCACCCGUGUACUGCUUUCGAAAUCGCUAGUAAAUCGCAAGGCGUUUGUGUUCAUACGCACAACAAGGAAGUACUGAAGUGUAUCGGAGGCGAGAUCGUAACAAGAAGCUGUGAUCGGGUUGCGUGGUUGGAUGAGCGACACUUCUGGUCUUUCCAAAUAUCGCUGACUAUCGUCGGUACCCUAUCGGCAGCGAUAUCGUUCCUGCGCCAGAAAACGCUUAAUCGUCGAACUAUGCUAAAGAUUCAACGUGAACUAGGUGCCUAA